AUGCAGUUCUUCUUCCCGAAGAAGCACAGGAACCACAAGCUCGUCUUGUGGUUGAUGGCUGGCGAAUUCCCGAUCACUAUCGUGAUGCUGACAUUGACCGGUAUCGCUUCACACAACCUGUACCGGACGUUAUUAUGGCAGGACGGCGCAGACAACGGCUUCAACAGUGCUCCAAAUGAGGCGUUAUACGCAGCUGCGAAUUAUAGACCGUUCACAGCCCCGAUGGUCUGGUCUGGAUUUAUCACCAACUAUAACCUCGUGCUCGGCGUUCUAAGUACCUUCUUCCUGAUCGUUAAAUUACCUGUGCAUUGGAUGCACCUCUUCUACCCUCCCGUUGCGGUCAGCAUCCACGCAUCCUUGAUCAUUCUCUACCUGGUGUCGGCGAUUUACCAGGGUGGCUCCGAUACAUCAGACCCCAAACACUCUCAGUCGGGACCACCAUGGUACAUCACAAAAAGCUGCAGUGUGGCUUAUCGCAAGUCCAAUAUUCCCUACUGCAUGCAAGCCAAAGCGCUUUUUGCUGUCACAAUCCUGAUGAUUCUCUACUAUGCAGUGAUCCUCGGCUUCAACAUCCACUCCUGUUUCAUCACACCCGAAGAGCGUGAAGAGAUUGUGGAGCAGAGAGAAGAACGCCGCAUUGAGAAGGAAUUCGAGGAAGAGAUCAUCAAGUCCCCCGGCAUGAUCCCCAUGACUCCGGGGUCAAUGCCUCAUGGCCCAGGAAUCCCGCCUAUGGCCGUCGGAGGAAGCGUGCCACCUUUUGCUUCUCGCACACUUGCCUUCAACAGACUCGACAAUAGCAGCACCGCCUCCGAUCUACCUCUGCGCUCCCAUCAAGCUCAUUACUCAUCACCGCAAUCGCACGAAGUGAGCCCAGAGAGUGCGAACGGUUCGCCAAUGUAUUUCCCGCCGCCACCGAAGAAAGCUGCAAGAACUUGA